UCUGCAACAGCAUAUCAUACCCAAUCCUUGCACUCAGCGCUCAGGUCGUGUUUUCCGUGUGUUCCGCUUUUCCCAUUCCCGGUUGUGUAGCCGUCACAACGAGUUGACGUGCAGUUUUUAUUUCACUUAGUUUUCGCGAUCCAAACUCAAAGGGAGGAAAGGAAGUGAAACCAAGAACUUUGUCAAAUUUGCAAAACUAGUGUUCAUUAAGUGCCUAGAGAUAGCAGCAAUGGCUUUCAUUCACAAAGUUAUCGGAGUGUUGUGUGUGGUGGCAGCGGUGACGGCCUUACCAGCGGAAGAUACCCGUACCUCUCGGAAUGCCAUAAACACGGAAGGGGAUCUGAUGGGCAGCAUCUACAAGGAUUGCCUGCAGCAGGAUUCGGUGUCCUGCGUCAAGUACAAGAUUUUCAGUUUCUUCGAUAAGGUGGUGUCCAAAAGAAGCGCGUUCGCAUUAUCCGAUGGUGUUACUCUUGUGAAGACACCUGGAGUUGAAACCGAUGGAGCCCCACGUGCUCUGAAUGGCGAUGAAUCUAUCGAGCAGUUGAUCCUGUCCCGUAUCCAGAGCUUCCUCUCCACCCACACCAUCAAGGUUGACCUUAAGGGAUCAGACAUCGUGAAUGCCGUCACCUCGACUGGACGUGCUCUGGAGGAUGUGUCCGAGAAUCUGCUCGAGGAGGGCGAAGAUGCUGGUGUCGCCGAAGCUCGUGGUAAGAAGAAGAAGGCCGCCAAAAUCCUUGGCCCACUACUAUUGGCCGUUGCUCUGAAGGCCGCUGCACUGUUGCCACUGCUGUUGGGAGCUAUCGCUCUGAUUGCCGGAAAGGCGUUGCUCAUCGGCAAGAUCGCUCUGGUGCUGUCCGCUAUUAUCGGGCUCAAGAAGCUGCUAUCGCAGGAGAAGCACGUCACCUACGAGGUUGUCGCACACCCACACCACACCAGCAGCCACACUACGAGCCACGGUGAUGCCUACUCGCUGGGAGGAUCCUACGGCGGUGGUUCCAGUGAUAGCAGCAGCUUCAGCGGAAGCUCGGGACAUGGCGGAUGGGGACGCUCGAUUACCGCCCAGGAGUUGGCCUACAAAAACCAGAAACCUUGAGAGGCUACCGUGGCGAAACGAUCCUGGAAACGAUAGUCGAAACAUUAGUUACACGAUAUAAGCAACUGAUUGCAAGUGUACUCCUUAGAGGAGUUUACUCUUAAGCCCCAAGUACCGUUCAAUACUCGAAUCAAUAAGUUUUUUAUUGAUGUUAUGGUUUUUCGAUAUUAUUUAUUUAAUUUAUUUAGACGAGUUUGCUAGCUACGAUAGAUUUUCGUUUGGUUGAAUUAUCAGAAUGAAAUAGAAAACAAGAACCAGAGUUAGGGAUAGAUAGUUUAUGCUUAUCAAAACAGGAAAAAAAUAUCGAUACCAAGAGCGGGAAUGGUCCCGCAAUCAGGCUAAGACUUCACCAUAUCUCUUUCUUCUUCUUUCUUUGUUUUUAAGAGGCUUUAAACUUUGCAGUUCAUUCGCCUCUAAACCUAUCUCUUUCUCUUCAAAUCAUCUUCCCGUGUGUUAAAACAUAGUAUCUCUCUACUUUAGCUAGUGAUUAGCCUUUACUUUAAGAACGUAAGACUCUCUGUUGUACUAUAUUUGUUUCCUGCUGCUAUGCUAUCUCACUUAUACUCUUGCACUCUUACUUUUUAUUCUCAAGUCUUAUUUUCUGCACGAGUCUGUACACCAAACCAUAAUAUUUAGCGCCGUGUGUGUGUUUUUAUUAAGAACUGUGUUUUCCUCUACUGUUCCUGUGCUAAGAAAUCUUUUCACCCGUGUAGAACAUAAACAGAAGAAAAAUAGCAGCCAAUUAGAGGAACUAAUCAACCAAAACGAUCAACGAAAUAAAUAUGCUCAAGAUACAUUA